CCGUUUGAAAAACAUCUGUUUUGACGAAUUCACUUGAACUUUAAGUCUGGAAGUGAAUCAAAUGAUUCAAUCAGAUUUUUAUAUUUCGUUUUAAAUAACUUAAUUGUUUUAAUCAUUCCUUUUAACAGGUGAUUGCUUUAAAUGGUUACUAAGUUUCUUUAUAAUCAGCACCUUUACCCGGCAAAUAUUAUUCACUAAGUUGAACUGAAGCUGAACAGCUGAACUUUAUUUUCCAAUACCCUUUUAUUUGUAACAAGUGAUUUUUUAUUUUUCAGUUAUAAUUUAGCUGUAAAUUUGACUUUAAUAUGUCACCGAAAGUAAACAGAUACUCUGAAAAGAUAAUUCUGGCUCCAAUGGUCCGAAUUAACACUUUACCUAUGAGAUUACUGGCUCUUGAAUAUGGCGCUGAUCUUGUUUACUCAGAAGAAAUAGUUGAUCACAAACUGAUUAAAUGUAGAAGAAUAAUCAACGAGAAGCUUGGGACUGUUGAUUUUUUUGACACCGAAGACAAAGUCGCAUUCCAAACAUGUUCUGCUGAAAAAGAUAAAGUGAUUCUGCAGAUUGGUACAGCUGAUCCUGGGAGAGCUUUGAAAGCAGCUAAAUUAUUUGAACAAGAUGUUUCAGGUAUAGAUGUAAACAUGGGAUGUCCUAAAGGCUUUUCACUCAAAGGAGGAAUGGGAGCUGCGCUUUUAACGAACCCAGAACUAGUAUAUGAAAUACUAUCAACCCUAACCAAUAAUCUUUCAGUGCCUGUAACUUGUAAAAUCCGCUGUCUUCCAUCGCUCGAGAAAACAUUAGAGCUUGUCAAAAUUAUCCAAUCUACUGGAGUUUCUGCUGUUGCUGUUCAUGGAAGGACAAAAGAUGAGAGAACUCAACAUAAAAAUAGAAAUGACUAUAUUCGAGAAAUUAGUCGUUAUUUGACAAUACCAGUUAUAGCCAAUGGAGGAUCAGGAGAAAUUAAUUGUUAUGAAGAUAUCGAGAAGUUCAGAAGAGAAACGGAAGCAUCUUCUGUUAUGAUUGCUCGUUCACCAGAAUCUAAUUGCUCAAUAUUCAGAAAAGAUGGCUUGCUGCCUCUGGAAGAAGUAAUUGUUGAUUACUUGAAAUAUUCAAUCAAAUGUGACAGUGGACUUCAUAAUGUAAAAUAUUGUGUUCAACGUAUGAUGGGCUCGUAUCAAGCAACAACAAGAGGACAAGCAUGUAUUAGAGCUAAUUCUGUCAGAGACAUUUGCAACCUGUAUAAUCUUGCUGAUUAUUAUGAUUCUUUCUAUGAAGAUUCGAAUCCUGAUCGAUUUCUUGAUAAUUUAUAAUUUUUGACAACUCGUAAUUGAAAAAAUUAUCUUUAAAAAUGUAAUUUUGUUGAUUUUGUAAGUGAUCUUUCCAGUUAUCGAUGCCUAUUUUGCCAAUAUAAUUUUAAAACAAAGGAUUCUGUGUUUCAGGCGAACAAAAUUAUUGGAAACUACAUUGAAAAAUAAAUUAUGUUUUUGAUUAAUCA